AUGGGUUUAAGAAUUACUUUUCAGAUUGGUUUGCACACAGUUAUGUUCGUUAAACUUACUUUCCUAAUUCUGUCGACAUCGUUGUUGGUUUUUGGACGACCAACUGACUCGACAGAAGUAAAGUGCGUGGAAUGUAAACCAGUCCCCGAACUCAAAGUCGAUUUCAGUCCUGUUCAGGAUGCCGCGCACAGCGCAGGUCAUGGGGCUGAAAAAGUCAAAGAAGCUGUAUUGUUGGCUGGGCGGGAAGCUGCAAAAGAAGCCCAAGCAGUGGAGGAAGCUGCUGGUCAGAAGCUUGAUGAACUGGCGAAAACCGCUGGAGAGGCAGCGCAAAAUGCAGGUCAAUUUGCGGAGGAAGCGCAAAACGAAGCAGUUAAAAAAGCCGAUGAAGUCAAAGAAGGUCUUCGUAAAGCUGGUGAACAUGUAGCUGAACUAGCCAACCAAGCUGUCGCCAGUGCAGGUGAGCAUAUCGAUAAGGUUAGUCAGGAAGCGAAAGAUGCAAUUGCCGGAACUCAUGAAGCGGCGGGACAAGCUCACGAUGCGGCAGGCUUGUUUUUCCCGGCAAAGCUUGAAGAAGUCAGAGGUGAUAUCGAAAAUUUGGGCCACAGCAUUCCUGACGCCGCUGAGAGUGCAGCAGACCAGGCAGAAAAGGCUGCCGAGGCAAUGCGGAAGGAUUCUCAGAGGUCAGCAGAAGAAGCCGCUCGUAUUGCCAGUGAAGCUGCAGCAAGACAUGCUGGAGCUGUCGCAGCACAAGCUGCUAGUGACGCUGCUCCUAAAGCAGCCGAAGAAGCCGCUAUAAAAAGCGCUGGAGAAACUUCGCAGAAGUUGCAACAACAAGCUCAUGAAACUGGUAUGCAAGUAGAAAGGCAGAUUGCUCAAGAAAAUUAUCGUAAAGACCCUCCUGGUGCCAUGGUAAAAAUUGUCGGCAAGGGACCAGACAAUCAGGGGGAGGUUGUUGAGUUUAUUGAAGCAGUUACUAGGAGAAUGGGAGACGUUCGAAAAGAAAGCAAAGAAAUUCAUUCUGCAGAAGACAGUCAUUCAAGCGAAUCUGAAUCUUUAGAACAGAGGGAGGCUAAAUUGAAAGGAAGGACAAAACGUUCUGCAGAAGAAGUCCUUGAAAAAGCUAAAGAAACUGGUGAAAAAGCCAAGGAAACUGGAGCGGCUGCAGUGCAUGAACUUGAGGCCGACGCUCAUGUGGCUGGAAAAAAAGUCGCUGAUGCAGCAGAGAAUGUUGGUGGCAAAAUCGCUGAUACCGUGCAGAAUGCUAAAGAUGGAGCUUCGAAUGCGAUGAAUAAGGCUGGUGAAGCUGUCAAUAAGGCCGGAGAAGCAGCAGCUGAGAAAGCUAGUGAAAUAAAAGAUGGUGUAAAGAGUGCAGCUGAAUCGGUAAAAGAAGAAGUUCAACUUGCUGGAAACAUUGCAGGUGAUAAAGUAGAAGCUGCAGGUGAAGAGUUCAGAAAUGCUGCUGAAUCUGCUGCUAAUACUGCUGGAGAAGCGAUCGAAGAUGAACGCAAUCGUGAUCACCCGAGACAUUUAGAAGACGCUAUUGCAGAUACUGCCGGCGCCGUUAAGAACGUUGCUGACAGUGCAGCAGGACAUGCUGUAGAAGGAGCUCAACAUCUUGGGAGCGCUGUAGCUGGUGCUGCUGAAAGUGUUAAAGAUGCAGCUGUAGGUGCUGCUGUCGACGUUAAGGAUGCCGCUGUGAACGUGGGUCAAGCCGUUGCUGACAAAGCGUCUGAUGCGAUUCACUUAACAGCCGAGGGCGUUGAACAUGCCAAAGACGGUGUUGUUGCAGCCGGCAAAGCUGUCGCGGAUACAGCCGUCAGCGUCAAAGAUGCAGCAGGCGAUAAACUAAACGAUAUCAAGGACGGUGUUGUAAAUGCUGGUGCAGCAGUUGCAGGAGUCGCAAGCAGUGCUGUUAACAAAGCAGGUGAUUCCACAAAUCGUACCGGAGAUUGUUUAGAAUUGGUAGCCAGAAAGGAUGCUAGUGUCGACAGCAGAAUGAAUUUGUAUAAUUCAGUAGUCAUUCUGUUUUGUUUCUGCGUGUUAAGCAUUAUAUGCAUUCUUUCGUUUCUCUCCAAUUUACUGUAUGUGUAUUAUGCAUGUAAAUGCAUGCGGACAGCCUUACUGUGCAUGAUAUCUUGUAAAUACUUUAGAUCGGUCAGAGUUACAUCAUGUUUUGCCAGAAAUAUGUGCAUGGUUCGUAGGACAAUCGCUUUAUUUUUGGAAGAACGAAACGUCCUGAUGUGUAAAAAUGCAAUGUUUGUAGUCUAUGGACCCGUUGGUGAGAAGCUUGAUGAAUUAGCUGGUGGAAGAGCGGAAGACAAAGAAGAUACAUUCCAUUGGCAUGGUCCAGGUAAACUGCGGAUAAACGCUACUCAGGACAGUUAA